AAUCUUUGCGAAACAACUUGAGGAGGCACAAUAUGGUCUCUGAAAAAUGUGUUGCGGCAUUUUUUCUGCUGCAGCUUUGCUGGGCCGGCUGUGGAUUCUGCAGCAAGGUCCUCGUGUGGCCCUGUGAUAUGAGCCACUGGCUGAAUCUAAAGACUAUUCUUGAGGAGCUUGGAGCAAGAGGGCACGAGGUAACAGUCCUGAAAUACCCCAGUAUCAUCAUAGAUCAGAGUAAACGUAUUCCACUGCACUUUGAGAAUAUUCCUUUGCUGUAUGAAAUCGAGACAGCUGAGAAUCGUUUAAAUGAGAUUGCAAAUCUAGCUGUGAAUGUCAUUCCAAACCUGUCACUGUGGGAAGCAGCAAAAACAUUACAAGACUUCUUUCUUCAAGUAACUGGAGAUUUUGAAAGUAUUUGUAGGAGUGUAUUGUACAACCAGAAAUUCAUGGACAAGCUACGGGAUGCACAAUAUGAUGUAGUGGUUAUAGACCCUGUCGUUCCCUGUGGAGAGUUGGUGGCAGAAGUGCUUCAGAUCCCUUUCGUAUACACACUGAGGUUCAGCAUGGGCUACUACAUGGAGAAACACUGUGGCCAGCUUCCAAUUCCACUCUCGUAUGUACCGGUUGUCAUGAGUGAGCUGACAGACAAUAUGACCUUCACAGAGAGGGUGAAAAAUAUGAUGUUUUCACUGUUGUUUGAGUACUGGCUCCAGCAAUAUGACUUUGCAUUCUGGGAUCAGUUUUACAGUGAAACCCUAGGAAGGCCCACAACGUUCUGUAAGACUGUGGGGAAAGCUGACAUUUGGCUAAUCCGAACAUAUUGGGAUGUUGAGUUUCCUCGUCCAUAUUUACCAAAUUUUGAGUUUGUGGGAGGACUGCACUGCAAACCUGCCAAGCCUUUACCUAAGGAAAUGGAAGAAUUUGUUCAGAGCUCUGGAGAACAUGGUGUAGUAGUAUUUUCACUGGGGUCAAUGGUCAAAAACCUGACAGAAGAGAAAGCCAACCUCAUUGCCUCUGUCCUUGCCCAGAUUCCCCAGAAGGUUUUGUGGAGAUACUCAGGCAAGAAGCCAGCCACAUUAGGAUCCAAUACUCGGCUUUUUAAUUGGAUUCCCCAGAAUGAUCUUCUUGGACAUCCUAAAACCAAAGCUUUCAUCACACAUGGUGGAACAAACGGGAUUUAUGAAGCCAUUUACCAUGGGGUCCCUAUGGUGGGCGUUCCCAUGUUAGGGGAUCAGCCUCACAACAUCGCUCACAUGGAGGCCAAGGGAGCAGCCCUGAAAGUCAGCAUCAGUACAAUGACGAGCACAGAUUUACUCAGUGCUGUGAGGGCAGUCAUUAAUGAGCCUUCUUAUAAAGAGAAUGCCAUGCGGUUAUCAAGAAUCCACCAUGAUCAGCCAGUGAAGCCCCUGGACCGAGCAGUCUUCUGGAUUGAGUUUGUCAUGCGUCACAAAGGAGCCAAGCAUCUUCGUGUGGCAGCCCAUGACCUCAGCUGGUUUCAGUACCACUCCCUAGAUGUGAUUGGGUUCCUAUUGUUGUGUGUCGUUACUCUGACAUUCAUCAUCACUAAAUUUUGUUUGUUUGUGUGUCAAAAACUUUAUAUGAAAGAAAGUAAGAAAAUGGGGAACAGAAAGAAAAAGAACUAGGUCUUUUUUAGGUUUGGGAAAGCCCUGAGUGACAAUUAUAUUAACAAUCACCACAAGAAGCAUGCAACUUCCUGCUUUAUACCUAUUUUCAAAUAAGCAGCUCUGUUUCAGACUGGAAAUAAAUGUAAACAUUAAGCAUGAUAAUUAACUACUGAUUUGUUCCAAUCUUCUAUCUUGUAGGCAUUCUCCUCUCACUCUUCUAAGAUAUGGAAAAUUAAUUCUAAAUAUAUUCUAUAGAAAGGAAGUGAUGAAUAACAAUAUGCUAGACCUCUGGGAAGACAUAUAAUACCAAUCUUAUUGAUGUAUAUGAGGAUCUCUUACAGUCAAUGUCAUAAGCCUAUCAUAUUGUCUAAGAACAACCAAAAGAAUUUAGUGUGAGAGGGUACUUUUCUAAUAAGAAGGAACGUUUCUGUUUUUAUAGUGUUGCAGAUAUUAGAGCAUGAUUUCUUUUUUAUUUUCCAAAAAUAAUUUAUUGAAAAGAAUUUUUGUGCAAUGUAUUUUGGUCAUUUUCCCCCUUCCCUAAUUCCUUUAAGAUCCUACCAAUCCCACUGCCCACUUAAAUACAUCUUUCUCUCUCAAAUAGUUAAAGUAGAAAAAUAUACCAAACAAAAAAAGAC